GAGGACGUGUCGUGUUUUAGGCGUAAUCUGGUUUUGUGUGAAAGACCGCAACAUUGGACUCAACAGAGAUUUAUUAGAGUGGCUCAGGAGUUGCAAAGGGAACUGGAUGUUAUUAAGAAUAGGAAAGUACCGGACUCAGUUCCCUUUGGCUUUACGUACAUACAACUGCCCCAUCAAUUGGAGCCAGGCAAAAUAUGGCCACUAUUUAAAUGGUUAGACAUCAGUCAUACAUAUGCCGGUCUAUUCAUGAGGGUAUUAGGGGGUGAGUCGGCACCUUUUGGUAGCGUCCAAGGCUCAGGUGCCCCGCGAUUGGCAUCUAUUAAGAGCUAUGGUCUGCACGGAGUUCCCAGUAUUGAUACACAUAUGGAGGAUAUCGGCGCUGAUAAUAAGUGGUCGAACGGACACUAUAACGGCUUUCCCGUAGCUUUUAAGGUCAGUAAAAGUGAGGUCAGGCCUAAAAAUAUUGCGAUUAAAGUUUGGAAAAGG